AUGGAUUCAACUGAACCAGAUCAUGACUACAGUGCUACUUUGGAAGAGUUUACAAAUUACUCAAAAGAAAAUACAGUUUCUGUGAAUUUACAUGCUGGAAACUGCAGGGAAGCAGGAUGUGUAAUCACAGUUAUUUUUAAUGUGAUCAUAUUCCUGCUUGGCAUCAUUGGAAAUGGUGCUGUGAUCUGGAUUACUGGUUUUAAGAUGAAGAAGUCUGUGAACACCACCUGGUACCUGAGCCUGGCUUUGUCUGACUUCAUUUUCUGCGCUACUCUGCCUUUCCUCAUGAGCUCUAUAGUUACUGCCAGCUGGAUUUUUGGGCUCUUCAUGUGCAAGUUCAACUCUUUUGUCAUGACCCUCAAUAUGUACAGCAGCAUUUUCAUCCUGGUCAUCAUUAGUGUGGAUCGCUGCAUCACAGUCAAGUUUCCUGUCUGGGCCCAAAAUCAACGCACUGCAAAGAAAGCUUCUUUAGUUGUUGUGAUGGCUUGGUUCAUGUCUGCUUUGCUUAGCAUUCCAUCUGCCAAAUUCAGAGAAAUCAAUACAAAUCAAACAUCAACAGUCAUAUGUUAUAGCAACUAUGAGGAUCACCACAGAACCGUUGUGUUCAUGCGUUUUACUUUUGGCUUUUUAAUUCCGUUCCUGACCAUUUCCACCUGUUACUCCAUCCUGAUCUGUAAACUUAGAGCAAACCAAAUGUCCAAAUCCACCAAGCCCUACAAGAUCAUGACAUUACUGAUUACAACUUUUUUCAUCUGUUGGUUGCCAUUUCACAUUAUAUCUAUUAUAGAGUUGAACAAAUCUAAAUAUGCUCCACACGAUGCCAUCUUUCACGCGGCCCAACAAUUAUCUGCAAUUCUUGCCAAUGCAAACAGCUUUAUAAACCCAUUCAUUUAUGCAUUCAUGGCCAAGGAUUUGAAGAAAUGUUAUUUCUUUCUGUCAAAGAUCGAGAGCGCCAUUGAUGAGGAGACCCGAAGCGCUAGUGAUAACCGACUUUCCACUGCUGUCUGA